GGUUCGGGCAAUUUUAUUUCACUUACUGAUUUUCCAGUGCUUCGUACUAUUUUUUUUAUAUCCCUUUCUGCUCCUGGCUUCCUUUUCUUUGCAGUGUUUUUUUCCCUUGUGGUCGCGAAAUUUUGCAAAAGAUGUGGAAUUUGGGUUGAGGUUGUGGUAAAACUGGAGAAUUUCGGUGCUCGUAUGUCGAUAAUUUCUUCCUUUUUUUCGUGUUUUUAAUUAGGGUUAAUUAUCCUGGGUUUCAUUCGCCUUAUUUCGUAGCUAGAAACUCCCUGGGUGAAACUCUCGUUUCUUUUUCGUUUUUUAAUUCCUUUUCCCUUUUCUCCUGCUGUAACUGUAAAAAAAAAAUCGAAUCUGGUGGGGAAAAGAAGGAAGGGAAAAAAGGGAAAAUGAAAAUUGGGGAGUUGUUUGCUAGUGUUGAGCUGGGGUACACUCUCGAGUACGCUUCUUGAUCUCGCUGAAUUCCGCGUGGACGAAGAGCAAACGCGGAUUCCCGAGUUCGUGGGAAUCGUUUGGGCGAGGAGGCGUAGCUGGUUGAAUCGAAAGGAGGGAUUUUUUUUUUUGUUCUUUCUUUGGUGUUGGAUGCAAGGAGCGGCCAUGUCGGCGGCGGCGGCGAGCGAGGCGGCGUACGGCGUGGGCAUGAAGAACAACAGUGGCCCCCUGCAGCCCCGGCCGCAGCACGGCGCCACCGGGGUGCGCCUCGCCUACACCCACGACGGCACCGCGGUGUACAAGCACACGCCGCCGCUGCCGCCGCCGAUGUACGAGACGCCGGCUGCCGCCGCCGCCGUCGUGCGCGGCAAUGGCAAUGGCGCCGCGCCCGCUGAGCAGCAGCACAAGCGGAAGCGCGGCCGCCCGCGCAAGUACGCCUUCGCGGACAUGCCGCUCGCCGUCGUGGCGGCCCCCUCGCCGCCCAAGGCUGCGGCCGCCGGCGCGCCGUCUCCCACGGCGCACUCGCUGCCCCCGGGCUUCUCGUCGGGCCUUGCCGCGAGCCAGCCGGCAUCCGAGCGCGUGCUGCCUCACAAGAUGAGGGGCCGGCCGCUGGGCUCCGGCAACAAACAGCAGCAGCCGCCGCAGCAGAAGAAGAAGGCAGCAGCUCAAGGAUCUAGUGUGAUUGGACUGAAACCAAAUGUCAUCACAGUGCAAGUUGGAGAGGAUGUAGUGUCCAGGGUGAUGUCCUUUUCUCGGAAUGGAUGGGCCGUUUGUGUUCUCUCAGCUAAUGGUACUAUAUCCAAUGUGACACUACGUCAAGCUGAUUCUUCUGUUGCAACAGUAAAUUACGAGGGCCAUUUUGAAAUUCUUUCUUUGUCUGGUUCAUAUGUGCUGUCAGAAAGUGAUGACCUGAGCAGUCGAACUGGAGGACUUAGUGUUUCGCUUGCUGGUCCUGAUGGACGUGUUUUAGGCGGUGGAGUAGCAGGACCUCUGAAUGCAGCUGCACCUGUUCAGGUGGUCAUCGGAAGCUUUCCAGCUGAUGGGAAAAAGGGUCCCAAGGGUCCCAAACAAGCUGUGCCGGGUGGGGCUCCAUUUCCAGGUAUGAGCACUCCAACAUCCAGAGGGACUCCCAGUGGUUCCUCAGGAGGGCCUGGAAGCCCCCAAAACCAGAGUGCCAGUGGCUCAUUCAACACCAGCAGCCAACAGGCCUUGGCUGACUUCCCAUGGAGAUCAGCUUCAGCCUUCAGCUAAACUCCUUAGUUUGUCUGAUGAGGGAAUUGGGUAAACAGAACUGGUGGUUUCUCUCAUGUUAGUUUGGCAGGUUGUCUCUCAUGUUUAGGUGCUGAAAUUGUCAGCCAGCUCUAGUUUAGGUGCUCCUAGACACCUAGUUGUCAGAGAAAUCAGCUUGAAACGAAAAGCUGAGGAAAAAAGCUGUUAGCUUUGAUGCACCCCGGAUGCCAUGUGAUUAUGUUAGGCGUUGUUGUCAAAUUAUGAAUUUUUCUGGUAUCCCUGGUCUUGUUUUUUGCUUGCUUAGGGAAUGCUCCAUGGCCGUACUACUUAUGCACACGUAGAAUUGGGUU